AUAUUUGAUCACAUAUAAAAGAUGUAUAUUUGUAGUUUGUAAAAUAUAUUUUUGAAUGAGGUAUAUAUUUUAUAAUAUUGCUGGGUACAAGAAUUUUACAUAAUAGUGGGGAUAUGUUCAACAGAAGUAUCAUUCUUGGCUCAAGAUGAUAUUAAUCUCAGAGCUAUUUCUACACGAGAUAUAUCCAGGUGAAGCACAGUGACUUUUAAAUUUAAUUAUUAGAUUCUUAUUAUUUAAUUAGAAAAAUACGAAAAAAAUAUGACCACUAUUGACAAGGAAUAUAAAAUAAUACCACUUCAUAAAAGACCAGAUUUAAUUCCAGAUUGUUGUACAUUAUUGAAUUCUGAAUGGCCAAGAAGUGAAACUGCACGGUUAAAAUUUCUGAAUGUAUCAUGUGAUGAAUUUCCCACAUGUCUUAUAUUAGUUGACAAAGAAGAUAGAGUACUUGGUCAUUGUAAAAUAUCUUUAAUACCUAGAUUACGUCACAGUUGCUUUAUACAAUCAGUAAUAAUUGACUACCAGUGUAGAUCUCAAGGACUUGGAUCUAAAUUAUUACGUGGAGCUGAAGAACAUGUAGCAAAAAAAGGAAUUAAAAAUGUAUAUUUAAUAACUAAAGGUCAAGAAGUUUUUUACUUUAAAAAUGGUUAUAAAACUUGUGAUCCAUUUAAAGCAUCAGGAAUUAAUGAUGUUGUAUAUUCUAGUGCAGCAUUUACUAAAGCAAAACUUAAGGAGAAAAGUACACAGUGUUGUGGUCCACCACCACCUCCAAUGCCAAACUUUCAAAUGCCAAAGUUUUAUGAUUUAGGUGUUAUAACACACAGAACACAUAUGGUAAAAAAAUUAUCAUUACAAUAGUAAAACAAUAAUGAACAAUUUUCUUUUUACACAUAAGAUUUUUUAUAUAUUCCAUUAUGUAUAUUAUUUAUUUAUUUAUCUAGAAAAUUAUUUUUUUAAUUUUAAUUUUAAUUGCUUUUAAAUGUAGAAAUGUUUCUCAUGCAUACAUGUCAUUCAUAUAUUACAAAUCAUAAUUUACAAUCAUUCCAAUAGAUAUUUAAAAACGUAGAUAUUCUCUAAAAAAA